AUGUGUGUCUGUAGAAAUGAUAGGACUUGGCGGGAUAUUUGUGGCAGGGCUAAUAUUCGUACAUCUCAUCUUGAAUCUUCCAUUCGAGAUGAAGUAACAGAAGGUGCAGCGUCUUCGGAAUAUAGCUUAUCUGGUCUCGAGAGAGACUUGCUGGCCGCCAGCGAAAGACAUACAGCGACGAUCCUGCGUGACAGCCGGUCAGCCCUAAAGGCAGCCCACAGUGCAAAGAAGAAAUUGGGACAACGAACCGUUCACGCGAUCCGCCAGGCUGCCGCCGAGUUUCUAGCAGUGGGAAUCGCGCUGCCUCUCCAAUGGGAGCAAGAAUGGAGAUUGUCCACCAAUGGUGGUCAAGUACGAAAGUCGACAACACUCUCCCAGCAAGCUACAACUAGAAAAGUCGACCUAGAGAGAAGGAAAUAG